CAUUUCUGGCUGCCCCGCUCGCCCGCCCGCCGUCGGGGCGGCUCCGCCGGAUCCAUGGCUGAGCGACAGGACAAGGCCGCGCUGAUAAGCGAGACCAGGCGGCGUUUCGAGGCGGAGUACCUGGCAGAUAAAUCAGAAAAAUAUGAUUCUAGAGAUGUGGAAAGACUUCAGCAAGAUGAUAAAUGGGUUGAAAAUUAUCUGAUUUGGCGUCAUGAUGUUGUGGAUGAUACGUUAAAGAUGAUUGAUGAAAGCCUUCAGUGGAGGAAAGAAUAUACAGUUAAUGACUUGACAGAAUCUGUCCUUCCAAAAUGGUUAUUUGAAAAUGGUUCUCUCUUUCUGCAUGGAUAUGAUAAAGAGGGCUAUAAAUUAUUUUGGUUCAGAGUGAAACAUCAUACAAGAGAUCCUAAACAACAACUUGAGAAAAAGAAACUGGUAGCUUUUUGGUUAGAACAUUAUGCCAAGAGAGAUCAUGGAAAGCCCUUAACAGUGGUAUUUGACAUGGCUGAAACUGGAAUCAGUCAUAUAGACUUGGAUUUUGUUCGGUUUAUUGUCAACUGUUUUACAGAUUACUACCCAAACUUCCUCACAAAGAUAGUGAUCUUUGAAAUGCCAUGGAUAAUGAAUGCUGCUUUUAAAAUUGUGAAGGGUUGGCUUGGCCCAGAUGCAAUAAGCAUGUUAAAGUUCACUAACAAGAGUGAUGUACAGGAAUACAUCAGUGGAGAGUAUCUGCCACCUCACAUGGGUGGAACAGAUUCUUUCAAGUACAGUUAUCCUCCAUUGGUUGAUGAUGAUUUUCAAACUCCUUUAUGUGAAAAUGGGCCCAUUACUAGUGAAGAUGAGCAUGAAAGUAAAGAAGAGAUAGAUGCGGACACCAAGGAGUCUGGGGAGCUGAAUGAAGAACAAAAUCUUAAUCAGAAAAAGAUGAAUUCUAUAGAACAAAUUUCCAAAUCAGAGGAAACUGACAAAACAGAGAUCAAACCAAAAAAUGCAAAGAAAGCAUUAACCACUUUUAAAGGACCUUUAUUACAUAUCAGCCCAGCAGAAGAGCUAUAUUUUGGAUCCAAAGAAACUGGAGAGAAAAAAUGUUUGAUAGUUCUCACAAACGUCACUAAAAACGUAGUAGCUUUUAAGGUGAGAACAACUGCUCCUGAAAAAUACAGAGUUAAACCCAGUAACAGCAGCUGUGAACCUGGCACGUCACUGGAUAUAAUAGUCUCUCUUCAUGGUGGUUUCGCAGCUUCUCUGCAGGAUCGUUUCCUUAUAAUGGCAGCAGAAAUGGACCAGUCUUCUGGAGCAGGUGUACCAGAACUGACUCAGUUUUGGAAAGAAGUCCCUAGGACCAAAGUGAUGGAACACAGGCUCAGGUGUCAUGUCAUAGAAAGUAGUAAGCCUUCUUCUCUGACAUUAAAAGAGAAUGCAUUUAAUAUUCCAGCAAAAACCAAUGAAGAUUUACAUAUACAGCUAACUCGUUUACUGCAAAUUAAUAAAAGACUUCAAGAGCAGAUUGAUCGCUGCCUCUGGUUCCAGCAGUUGUCAGUUGUUUUAUCAUUACUAUCAGUCACUGUUGUUGCCUUCUGCUUCUACCUGGCAUAUACCCAGAGAAGCUAAAAGAAUUGCUGUGCGCUGGAUGCACUGCCUGUCAUGGUUGGUUGGAGUGGAAGAGAUUCCAGUGCUGCACUCGGAUUCUGGAACUGCCAAAACAAGGUUUCUGAGCCCACAAUAAUGAUACAAUUUGCUGAAAAAAAAGAAAUGAAUGACCAGCAAAGGAAAUUACUGAGAGUUCACACUUAGAACAGGGCAUGAGGAAGAUGUUAGAGCUAGGACUUAAUUUCACUGUACAACUCAAUAAAUACUACUGAACUGGAAGGACGAAACCAAAUACAGCAUAAUUUAAAACUGUUUAGGUUUUUUUUCCCCUCUCUUCAGCUACUUUAAAUACAGUAUUUAAUUUCUUUUUGUCAUAUUCAUUCUUACAUCCUGAAUUACUCUUAUGGAAGGUGCAAGCAGUCAACUUAGUGUAUUCUAAAGGUCAACCUGUUCAUUCAGGAAAAUUUAUGGAAAUUAUGUAGUACAGGCAGAUUUUUUUAUAUAAUCUAUGUACAUAUAAAGGAAGAUAUUUGUUAUUAGUAAUUAUUUUGGUAAUUCAGGCUCAUUGCUUUCAUUGGUUAAACUCCUUAUUUUUGUGCUUUUUCUGAAUGCAAAGUUAUUGUAAAUAUUUCCUACCAAAUGACAAACACACAGCCAUAUUGACCAGGAAUAUAACCCUUGUUUGAUUCCAAAGAUACUAAUGAAAUAUCAUA